CGUACUCUUAUGUUUUGCAUGCCUUAGCGGUUAGACCAUUGACCACGCGUCCUCGAGAGGACGGAGCAUUGUUCCCACAGGACCGAUCACCGAUGGUGAGUGAUGAGAAGGACGGCUGGGUGCCCGCGCGCAUCCUGAAGGAAUCGGGAGACUCCGCCAACGUCCAGCUGCAGAACGGGUCGAAGAAGACGGUGAAGCGGUCGGCCAAGGAACCGCUUUGGCCCCUCAACCACUCCUCCCUGUCGAGGGUAGAGGAUGACCUUGUCAUGGUGGACGCGAUCAACCAGGGACUCAUGGUCCACAACCUCCGGGAGAGGUACCGCAGGGACCUGAUUUACACGUGGGUGGGGGCCAACCACUCGGUGCUGGUGUCGAUCAACCCGUUCAAGAUGCUGCCGAUCUACUCGCCGGCCACGAUCGAGGAGUACGCCAAGCCAUCGGCGUACCGGCUGGACCCUCCGCACACCUUCGCGAUCGCCAACUCGGCCUUCAUGAAGCUCACCCAGGAGAACGUCUCGCAGGCCAUCCUCAUCUCCGGAGAGUCCGGCGCGGGCAAGACGGAAGCCACGAAACAGUGCUUCAACUUCUUGGCUGAGGUGGCGGGUUCCCAGAACGCGGUCGAGCAGCGCAUCCUCCACGCCAACCCCGUGCUCGAGUCCUUCGGGAAUGCCAAGACCCUCAGGAACAACAACUCCUCCCGCUUCGGCCGAUGGACGGAGGUGCACUUCGACCCCAAGGGACAGGUGUGCGGGGCGAGGAUCGAGAACUACCUCCUGGAGAAACAGAGGGUCGUGGCCCAGGCGAAGGGAGAGCGAAACUUCCACAUAUUCUACCAGCUGUGCACGAGCGAGAUCGCCGCGCACCUUGAGCUGGGGGCCCCGGAGCACUUCCGUUACCUCCGAGAGAGCGGCUGCGUGUCCGUGCCGGGGAUAAACGACCAGAAGGACUUUGUUGAGGUCGAAGAGGCGUUUACGAAGCUCGGGUUUGGGUUCGAGGAGAAGUGCUGGUGCUACGAGACCUGCGCGGCGGUGCUGCACCUGGGAAACAUCAGCUUCUCGGCCAACGGAGAAGGUUCGCAGAUCACGCUCGCUCUCAACCGGCCAGACAUGGCCUACAGCGCUGCGGACGCGCUCGCGUCGGCCAUGUACGAUAGCAUGUUCGACUGGCUCGUUGGGCGGGUGAACUUUGCGGUGCAGAUCUUCGUCAAGAACCACUUCGAGCAGCUGUGCAUCAACUACACCAACGAGAAGCUGCAGCAGCACUUCAACAAGCACACGUUCCAAGAGGAAGAGACGGUCUACUCGAACGAACAGAUCCGGUUCGAGCACAUCCACUUCAUCGACAACCAGCCGGUAGUCGACCUCAUCGAGAAAAAGCCGUACGGGCUGAUGCCCCUGCUCGACGAGGAGGUCAAGAUCCCCAAGGGCUCCGACGGGGGCUGGCUCUCCAAGUGCAAGACCCACAACGCGCAGCACCCGUGCCUGCGGCCGGCGGGGUCCAACCCCAACCGCUUCGUGGUCGUCCACUACGCCGGGGAGGUGCCGUACGAGAUAGGCGGGUUCGUGACCACCAACAAGGACGACCUGUUCAGGGACCUCUACGACCUGGUGUCCGGGGCGCAGAGCGACGUCACGCGGUCCCUUUUCCCUCCCAAGGACAACAACCCGCGGCGAUUAACGACGCUGGGCUUCAAGUUCCGCAAGGCCCUGCUGGAUCUGAUGGAGCUCGUGGACACGUGCGAGCCGUGGUACAUCCGGUGCAUCAAGCCCAACGAUCAGAAGGAUUUCUCUCGGGUGCAGCUGGGCAACACGAUGGUCCUCUACCGGGCGGAGGAGCACCGCGUACUCGAACUGCUCAGAAACCUGUGUCUCGAGAGAGUACUGCCCGUGGCGCAGAGGAUGGCUCGGAUCCGAAUCGGCCGCACCUUCCGACGGUGCAUGGCGAACGCGAGGGCCAUCUGCGCGCAGGCGCUACACACCUGCGCGGGAGAUGCGGCGGGAUUAGACGCCGCCAUCGCGAGGGCGGAGCAGGCGACGGCCAACGUCCGGGCGGUGUUUGCGUGGGAGCCUCCGGAGAUGAGGAGGUGCCGAGACCUCCGCUUCGCGCUGCAGGAGCGGCUGGAGUUGGAGUCCCUCCUCCAGUCCCUCGUGGCGCAAGACCCGACGUCGUGCUACGCGCAGCUGCGCGCGGCCGUGCUGCGGUGCAACAAGAUCAGAGAUAUUCCAGGCACGCACCAGCAAAUGGCUUUGGAAAACCAGGCCCGUGCUCACCUUAUGCAGGCUGCGGCGGCCAAGCUAGACCCCAUCGCCACCGAGGCGUUGGCAAUCCUCGAGAAGAAGCUCAUGGAGGACGUCAGCAACGACGCUGCUGAGGUGGAGUACGUGUCGACGGACAUCGAGGAGAUCCGUAAGGUGCUCAGCUUGCCGGAGGAAGAGUUCGUCAGACGACAGAGAUGA